CUAACAUGGCAGGACCCGAGCUGCUGUUGGACUCCAGUAUCCGUGUGUGGGUCGUGUUGCCGAUUGUCUUCAUCACAUUUUUAGUUGGAGUUUUGCGGCAUUAUGUCACCAAGCUCAUCCAGAGUGACAAGAAGGUGGAGCUGGAACAGGUGUCUGACAGCCAAGUAUUAUUGCGCAGCCGCAUACUGAGGGAGAACGGCAGGUACCUCCCCAAACAGUCAUUCGCCAUGCGUAAACACUAUUUUAACAACGCUGAAACUGGAUUCUUCAAGAAGGUCAAGAGAAAAGUGGUUCCUAAAAACCCCAUAACUGAUACCAGCAUGAUGACCGACAUGAUGAAAGGAAAUCUCACCAACGUCCUGCCAAUGAUAUUAAUCGGUGGAUGGAUCAACUGGGCUUUCUCUGGAUUUGUCACUACUAAGGUUCCCUUUCCACUGACUCUGAGGUUUAAACCCAUGCUGCAGAGGGGAAUUGAACUGGUGUCACUGGAUGCAUCCUGGGUGAGUUCAGCCUCGUGGUACUUCCUCAACGUGUUUGGCCUGCGGAGCAUGUACUCUCUCAUACUCGGACAGGACAACGCCGCUGAUCAGUCGAGAAUUAUGCAGGAACAGAUGACUGGAGCGGCGAUGGCCAUGCCACCGGACCCCAACAAGGCCUUCAAGAGUGAAUGGGAGGCUUUGGAGAUCGUCGAACACAAGUGGGCUCUGGAGAACGUUGAAGAGGAACUCAUAUCCCGAGACCUGAAUUUUCGAGGACUCUUCAGCCAGAACCGACCAGGAAAAAUAUUCUGAUUGGAGUUACAGCACUGUGUUAUAAAUGUACACUGAUUGAUGGUAGUUAAUGCACUGUUAUGAACACAAACCUCACUAGAUAACUUAAUUAUGUUACUAAUUAUUCUUUCUAUACUGGAUAAUAGUGGAUGAUUCGACUCAUUCAGAUGAAUCAUUAAGCGUAAACAAACUGCCUUUAAAAGUGUUUCAGCAUCUGAGAGUGGGAGGAGAAGUGGCUCGUACUUGAAGGGGAACUUUUUCAUCGAUUGCCUGUAAAUGUGAUGCCAAAAACUAAGACAGAAGUAAAUAUGAGAUCUUUGGUGUGGUCUCGUGUACGUUGGUUUGAUAUAGAUCAGUGCGUCUUAAGUUGUUUUUUUUUUGUGUACAAUGGUGUAUUAUACCUCAGCUUCCAUGUUGCCUUAAUUAAUUUAAAUAUUUUAGUUAUUUCAGGUAUUUUUCUGUAUUUCAGUUACUAUUUUUUGUUUUCAUGCUCUCCUCUUAAAACAACAAUGUAACAAUUGUUCUCUAAUGGAAAAUUGAAUGUAAUGAAACUAAUGAAAUUGAAUAAAAUAGGCUGAAUCUCCUGUAAAUGAACUUAAUAAACACUGCACAGCCCCCUUUGGUGAUGUGGAAAUGAA